AUGGAAACGUCAAAGCCCAAGAGGCAGAAGGUCCCUACUGCAUGCGACCCUUGUCGCAGUCGGAAGUCCUAUGAGCAAAAGUUCCAGCCACGGUCACCUCACAGACUGUCAUCAGAAAUGCUCGGUGCAGUUUUAGUUGCACAUGCUAAGCAAGUCCCCCAUAGUGUGUGGCCCAUGCGAGAAAAGACCCAGAAGCGAAACUGCUUGUACAUGGGCUACGGACUCUUCGCGCAUUCGUCAUGUAACCGCCUCCCCAACCUCGCCCAAGCCUACUACACGGCAGACGUCUCUCCCGUGGCAACCUCCAUUGUCCCACUGUUCGUUCAACCGCUUCCGGAGACCCUGGAGAGCACGGAUUCGACAUUCAUCUCCAAUAACCAUUCUGCUCAUGACAUCGUAGUAGGCGAUGGCCAUAUUCACAGCCCCGCCAGCAGCCCUAUUGCUAGAACUCUUAUGCAAGAAGUGGAGAAAAUGGUCAAAGAGAAGCUCGGCGAAGCAUCAAGUGCUCGAGGUCCAUAUAAUGAUUCAAGGCAGAAUGAUUUGGACUACCCCCUGCCUGCCCGACAACAAGCAGACAAUCUACUCAGUUCCUACUGGAAUUACGUGCAUGUUCUCUAUCCAUUCUUAGACAAGCCACAGACGGAAGAAGACUACGCCAAUAUUUGGAACCAGGAAAACUUCAUUACCAAUAAGAAGUCUUUUUUAUGUCUGCUUAAUUCUAUAUUUGCCAUCAGCAGCCGACACGUUAGACUAGCAGCUCCAGACGAUGAGCGCUUGGCUGCCACCUUCUGCCAGAGAGCACGAGAAUUAAUGGACAUCGAAUCAUACUCUAUCUGUUUAGUCCAGUCAUACCUGCUAUUAGCACUGUAUUUCCAGAGCAUCGAUGAGCCUCGUACGUGUUGGAUGUUUGUUGGACUCGCGAUACGCACAGCGCAGGUUCUGGAAUUCCACCUCAUCGAAACAAGCGAGCAGGAGCCCGACAAUCGGACCACAGACCUCUUCCGCAAAGUCUGGCUUGGUUGCGUGCUCAUGGAUAGGGAGGUUUCCAUGAUGUACGGUCGACCAUGUAUGAUUGAUCAUAAGACAGCUGCCGCUGUUCCCCUCCCCUUGUUGGAAGAAGAAAUCUUUCAACUGGGACAUGUUCAAUCGCACAAUACCCAGGCGCCGCAAACUCAUGCUGCUGAUUUUUACUCGAUCUCUCUAAGAUUAUAUGAUAUCUUACAUGACGUUCUCCACCAUACGUACCCUGGAAAAUCUCAAGGAUGUUCCAAUUCCGCCGAGUACUGCUCACCUUUUGAAGCAAACACCUUCGUCGUCGAGCUCGAGGAAAGGCUCUCAAGGUGGGAAGAUAAGAUUCCUAACUAUUACAAGUCCGUAGAGCAGUCAUUCUUCGUCAGAGGCAUCUCCAUGUCCACCUACUAUUGCUAA